AUGUCCAGCGGGGACGGCGAUGGCGACGGCGAUGGCGAUGGCAAACCGCUAAACAGGGACGACCUGGUGAAAACGGUGGAGAGUCUACAAAAGGCGCAAAAGGCACAGUCGACGGCCAACGAUCUCAAAUCCAAGGCCAUGGCCAUGACCGACUCCACCAAGCGGGAGAAGAUGCUAAGGGAAGCCUUUGACAAGGAGGUCGAGGCUCAUGGCCACACCAAGAUGGCGAAACGCAUGCAGAGUGGUACCUGGCAGGGCCUGGGAUUCGGGGGCGGCAUCGGGGCUGCCACUGGACUCGGCCUGGGGGCGGGCUUGGGCACCGUGCUGGGAGCUAUUGCGGCGGUGCCUACAACGGGGAUAGGCAUGCUUGUGGGCAGUGGAGUGGGAGCCAUCCACGGGCCAUGGAUCAAGCUGGGUGGCAAGGAGGAGAAGUUUGAGGAGGCCGACCCCGAAAAGAUUGCGGAUGCGCUGGAGGAGGCGAGGGUCGCUCAAGGCAACGCGCAAGGCGAAGGUAUUCCCGAAGAGGGUGGUCAAAGUGCUGCACAGAACUCGAAGCCGAGAAGGAAACCGAAGAAGUUGGAAAUCAGAUCCCAGCCCAAGGGGCAAACAGAAUCAUCAGCCAAUCCACAGCCGGAUCAACAGGGCGCAUCGAGCGAGGCUUUGGGGGGUGUGAACAAAGGCGUUGCCGAGGAGUCGAAGCCAAGAAGGAAGCCGAAGAAACUCGAGAUCAGAUCGGGACAGGGACAGAGACAGACUCGGAGUGGCAAUGAGUGA